UAGUCUUGCACAGCUGAGGCUGGCUUACAAGUGUUGAAUUUUACUACCAGCUCACACCAUAACCAGAGUGCAUUUCUUGAAACAAAGGUUUUUUUUUAGCUUCGAUUAACCGAAGAAUUAUUUCCCCUGAAACCACGGCAAAGGAGGAGUAAGUCGUUAAGACUUGUUGAUACGCAGGAUGCAUUGAUCUAUAAACUGAGAUGAAAAGCUGGUGUCUCUUUUCUGUAGCGCAGGAGUCAGUGCAAUACAAGGGAAAUGUUAUGCAUGGAAAAGGAAUCGUGUGCUAGCUCGCUGGACCUGCUGCCUUCGGAAUAGUUGAUGAUGACCGGUUUAAAACGAAAAUCGUAUGGUUUUGUGACUUGGGGACCUUCUUAAGUUUGUUAUUUUUCUUGCAUCUUGCUGCCACGCUGGGCAGACGUCAUCCUUACAAAUCCGUGGCUUUCCAUUUUUUUUUGGUUACAUCUUCAUUUGAUGUAACAUUAUCGUGCUUUUGUUUGGGGGGGAGACCCGUUCUAUUGAGUUACUGGAGCGUAAAUUACAGCGCAUUAUUACGGCGUGACAAAUGAUCAUUUUCAGUGAUGCUGGGACUCCGGUUUUACCUAUGGCUUGUCAAAAUGACGGACACUGUCAAGAUGAAUUAGAGCGCCGGCUAACAGUCAUCCAUUUUACGAAGGGUGACACGCAUUGAUAAACUUGACAAUGAGAGCAGAAACAAACGACGUAAUUUGACAGCCGCACCUGGAAGACGAGCGGACGUCCUUCACGGGAAACACACACAUUAAAAUAAUUUCUGUUUCUCUUAACACCAAACUGCACACUUAGGGCUGGAAGCCCUGAAACCUCUUGAUUGAUAAGGACAGAGGAGACAGUGGGAAGAUGCAAAAGUACCAGACAAUAUGGGAUUUAAAUUAGGUUCUUGGUUGUGGUCCCCGUUUGCCAUCAAUGGAAAACGAUUCUGCUAAAAUAAAAGCCCGAAAAGACAACGUGAAGGUAUAAGUAAUUCUCUGUCACCUCAUUGUUUUUCAUGUUUUUGGGGACUCUAUAGCUACGGGGUGUUUCCCCGGUGAAGAUUAGUAUCAACAGUGUGGCGUUAACGCAUUUGGAAGUAUGAAAGCACAUCGUUUAAUAUCGCAUUUAAAAUGCACUCUUCGGACUUUAUCGAAAGGAAACUAUCUGUUUAACUAAUAGAUCAAAGGUCAUUUAGACAAAAUGGGACAGUAGUGAAGCACCCGAACAAAGGUGGUUGUUUGUGUUGAACGCUUUGUUUGUGGCGGCGGACAGCUGUGUUUUCUGAGACAUGGCAGCGGCGAUUGCCAGCGGUUUAAUCCGGCAAAAGAGGCAGGCUCGGGAGCAGCAUAUAGACCGGCCCUCCACCCACAGGAGGAGGAAAAGCCCCAGCAAGAAUAAGGGUCUCUGCAACGGCAAUUUGGUCGAUAUCUUCUCCAAAGUGAGAAUCUUCGGUCUCAGGAAAAGAAGACUACGGAGACAAGAUCCCCAGCUCAAGGGUAUAGUGACCAGGUUAUAUUGCAGGCAAGGAUACUACUUGCAGAUGAACACAGAUGGAUCUCUGGAUGGGACCAAGGAUGACAGCAGUAAUUCUUCGUUGUUCAACCUCAUCCCUGUGGGUCUUCGAGUUGUCGCCAUCCAGUCCGUAAAGACGGGGUUAUACAUCGGCAUGAACGGAGAAGGUCACCUCUACACAUCAGAGCUCUUCACACCAGAAUGUAAGUUCAAAGAGUCGGUGUUUGAAAACUACUAUGUGAUCUACUCGUCCAUGUUGUACAGACAGCAGGAAUCUGGCAGAGCUUGGUUCCUGGGUCUCAAUAAGGAGGGCCAAGCCAUGAAAGGAAAUCGCGUAAAGAAAACCAAACCAGCUGCUCAUUUUCUGCCCAAGCCAUUAGAAGUCGCUAUGUACAGGGAGCCGUCGUUGCAUGAUGUUGGAGAAACCGUCCAGAAAGCAGGAGUGCCUCCCAGUAAAAGCCCAAGUGAGCCUGCGGUGAUGAAUGGCGGAAAACCAGUCAGCAAGCCGACCAAAACGACAUAGCCGGACCUGUGGAUCUGACACUCUGGAAUGGUUUCCCCCGGCCAGAAGGACUUCCUUGCAUUCGUGGGUCAGGUUCAGGCAAACCUCCCAGUUCACCACAUGUCUCAUCACUCGUGGAUCGAUCCAGAAGUCCGAGUCCAAGUAACCUGUGAGGAGAGACAAUUGGAUAGAUUCACAUUGAAUGCCCUACCAGAAAUGGAAUGCCUUUUCAAUAUGCUCUGUAACUGUGACAAUCCAUAAUAAUGAUGUAACUCACAGUCCCAAGUGACAGCUUGCCUGCCGUUUACAUGUAGUUUCCCAUUUGAGCCCAACUGCAGCAGAAUCCAUAUUAUUCAAAUAUAUUUUCUAUACCGCAGUACACUAGCUAUGAUCUGGGUAAAAUGCUUUUACAAAAAUGGACUGUGAUCCUUUAUUCCCUUAAACAUAUUCUCAUCCCCCUAUCCGCCUCUCAAUCUCUUCACCCUACUCUCUCUUUUUUUGCCAUUUUCACUAGAUAUUUGUCAUUCAUACUCACAUACACUAUCUCACAUGCAAAAUCAUCAUCACCGACACAUACUAUACCACAUAAUAAAAUCCCAUGGCUCAUGUUAUAAAAGAUAACGUGAUUCUUAUCAGUGCUUCACUGUUGAUCUCACUGAUUAAGAGAAACUGCGGGCUGGUCAAAUUGCUCCUAAGAUUGGCGCUAAGGAAGCAUUAAUAUGCCUAUGGCAUUCAGUACAAAGGGCAGCGAUAUGUCGGAAGUGCUCCAUAAGUGGUAUAUACAUAUCACACCCCUAUUGCCCUUGCGGAGACGUUAGCCUCGCCCAAUAAACAGGAAACUGUAUUCUGUUUUCCUUACUCUUCGUUUUAGAGCAAGGGCUCUAGGAAUAUCUAUAGGCCUUGUAGGUCCAUUGUAGAUCCCAGCCCAUUAAUCACACGCUGACUUCUCUGAACAAUGGGCUAUGCUUGUGGCAGCUGAACAGGCCCGGCAGCAGCCAUUUACAAAAUGUCUACUUUAGUCAACGUGGAGAACGGCUGGAUGUAAGUAGAUGCCAUUAAUACUGGCUGCAUCCUUAUUUUGUUCAGCAAAGCAUGGGCAAGGUUUGUGUUGUGUUACAGUACCUUCUUGCAGCAGCAAUGCAAGAGAGACCUUAUAUUACAAUGUUUUCACUGUAUAAAAUUAAAACGAGACCUAAUUUUUAAUGACUAGCCAUUACGAUGUAUAUGAGAGGAUUUACCUAGCUCAGCAUGCAGAGUCGAGUACUUCUCAUAUUGGCCUAGUACGUGCCUGUGCAGACCUCUAACCCAGCAUGCAAAAACAUGUACCCAGUCAUUGCUGGGUUAAAGGUGCCUCACCAUCCGUCCACACUCAGUAGAAUAGUAGCAUAUUCAAUUGACUUCAUAUUUUCUCCAGUUUGCUUAUGAUAUUAAUCUUUCAGUUUCUCAGUUUGAAAGUUUUAUACAUUAGUAACAAAGAUGUCUUACAAGAAAAUUACAAUAUUUAACAUUUUUUUCACUGUGACUACAGAUUUAUUCCAGAAUCAGGAGAUAAUUCUCGACUUUUUGAAUAAUCUCUGGCAGUUUGAGCAGACUCCAUGUUUAUUUCUUAUUCGCUUUAAAAAAAAAAACGCAUUACUGAUAGAUUUCAACCAGCAUGUAUUUGUUUCAUGGACCAAAGUUUAGAAAAGGAGAGCGAACUGUUUUGUUUCUUCAACCUCAUUUGUAUUUAGUUCCAAAUUAAAUUGACACCACACUAUAAAAUGAUACUAUUCACCAAAUGCAAGUGAAAAUCUUCUUUCACCUUUGUUUAGAGACAUUAUCUGAUUAUGUAUUCUAUCGCAGAUUUUCUGAAUCAAUCAGCAGAAUUAAAACCAAACUUUUCUUGCUUCAGCGAUUUUCAUAAUAGACAUAAUGGGCUGAAGCUAUGCUGUUAAAUUGCAAAUAUAUUGAUUCAUUUUGAUAUUUAUUACUCUGUAGACCUUGAUUUUUAGGAGAUACUGAAGCACAUUAGCUAGAGCUGAAUACCUGUCUGCACUAAUGCUGUUAUACACUGUAGUAAGCCUCUAAAGAAAUUGAGUAUAAUGUUUUAAUUCAGUUUAGGGCCGGUGCCCUUCAUCCACAUGAAAACCAUACUUCUUUAGUCAGUAACCAAUAAACUCUACAUGCUGGGCUAUGUUUGCCCUGCAAACCAGAUGACUGGUUAAAUGAAGGCUGAAUUUAUUUUUGUAAAUGACUGGUGUGUACGUGUACAACUCGAUUUUUUUUCUCCUUUGUUAUUUACAGGCUGUAUGUGGUGGUGUUUAUACCUAUGAAUGGUUGUCUUUGAACAGUUAUUUUCCUAACAUGUUGAAAUGUUGACAUGGAAGGCCGUCAUUACCUGCUUUGGUUUCAGCCUUUGGUUUGUUUGUAUCAUCUGUUGCAUGGGAAGAGGAUGGCAUUGAAGAAUUGCAUGUUGUAGGCCAUGUGUAUCAAGAACUGUUGGUAUGUACUGCUAACUUUACAUACAUAUAUGCAAAGAGUUUGUCUGCACUGUACAGUUUGUGUUUGUUUGUUGUAUACAGAUACAACAUAUUGAAUAAAAUUAUUUAUAUAAAUGCGUACUGUAAUGUCAGUAACAGAUUUAAUGCAAUACAAUGUGCAGUAUAUUAUUGCACGAGUCAUUUGAAAGGUAUAGGAGAAAGAUGUUGACUCAUACUAUAAAGUUUGGGCCAAUGUGGAUUCUUCAGACUUCUUUUCUUACUAUCAGUCUUCUUUUCAAGGAGAAAUUUGUCUAUAUUGUGCCAGUGUCGCUCACAUAACAUGAGACGUUUUGCCCUGUUUGUUAUAGUCCAACAUGGAAUUUGAUGUAUACGUAUGUAUUUCAGAUUCCAUCUCUGGCUAUUUAGUUAAUCCUCUAUUGCUCUGCUCCAUGUAAAGGUCUUUGGAUAAAGUGUUAAAUCUUUUCACAGUGACUGGAACCAGAGAAAUUUUUGCACUGUUUUAUUUAAAAGCAUAUGCCAUUGCAAAUAUGUCUUUCCAAGUUCUCUUACUUAUUUACUUCAAGAUGUUGCACUGGUUUCAUGCUAAUGUUGUGCUGUAGUGCAGUUUUAUUAUUAUUAUUAUUAUUAUCAUUAUCAUUAUUCACGAUGAUAAUAAUAAUACUAAUUAUUAUUAUUAAUAAUGGAAAAUAUAGUAUACUCCAUCUGAUUUUAAUACACACAAUGCAUUUUUUAUAAAAUAAUUUGAUUAUACAUGACAGCUGGUCAAAAUAUACAAUGGAAAAGCAUUAAUAUUCAGCACAGAGUAACAUCACAACAAAAUAUUAUUCAUGAUAAUAAAACAUUUUUGGUUUAUCUUA